AUGGUCGCAUUGGGCAUCGAGCUCUUGUCCGUCGGCACCACGGUUGUCCUCGAUGGGGCAGCGCAGAAGCAUAUCGAAGGCUGGCGACAGAAACUCCAGGAGGCUGCCGCGUCGUGCGUGUUGGACCUCCUGGACGCCUUGGCAGUUCGGCGAGCAAUCAAGGGUGAACCUGAAUCCUUGGAUGCCUGGCGGGAAGGUGACGUGGAGUUCACGCGGAACUUGCAGGAUACUUUGGAGGCAGGCCGUUCUAUUGCGGUCCUGGCGCUCCACCGUGACGCAACACCACAGGCCAGAGACACGCACUCGAGCAACUGUCUUUGA